CUUAAGCAAAAAUGGCAGGAGAACUUUCCUUCCGAGGGCUGCACAGAAUCGGUGGGACCCGACCACACAGUGAAUACACCGAUGGUCUCCAGAGAGAUAACCAUACCGUGCUGUCUGGAAUGCACCCUUUGACAAGAUGCAACGACUGUGUGUGUGCGUGCUGAUCUUGGCACUGGCUCUGACCGCCUUCUCUGAAGCUUCCUGGAAGCCCCGCUCCCAGCUGCAGGAUGCACCCUCGGGUCCAGGGGCCAACGGGGGCCUGGAACCACAUUGGCUGAACCGGCUGGGCCCAGCCUCUCACCACCGACGGCAGCUAGGGCUCCAGGGUCCCCCACAGCAGGUGGCAGACCUGUCCAAGAAGCAGGGACCGUGGCUGGAGGAAGAAGAAGCAGCAUACGGAUGGAUGGACUUUGGCCGCCGCAGUGCAGAGGACGGGGACCAACAUCCCUAGAACGGAGCUUCAGAGCCCAGCCUCUCCCCAGCCCAGCCCAGCCCAGCCCAGCCCAGCCCAGCCCCAUGAAAAACCAAUCAAAAUAAACUAGCUUCCGAUGGAUCACAUUGUGUCAAGUGUGGGGCAGGAGAGGGGAGUUGGUGGAGACACGGUUGAGGCAACAGAGAGAACGGAGAACCCUCUUGGGGACGGGGACCCAUGACUCAUUCUUCUCCGUAUCCCCAGAGCCUAACAUUGAAUGAGAAUCUACUCGCAGGUGGAAAACAGUGGUAGGGUCACAACCAGAGUCCUCUUCCUAAAAGAGAAAUCAAACUGCGCCACUCCAGGUUUUCACCUUCCAAUGCCUCCUGCUGCACUCAGAAUCAAACCUAAACUCCUUGUCGAAGUCCUAGGUCAGCCCUGCUGUCCCCAUGGCAGGUGCCAAGUGUCUUCCUCCUCUCUCCCUUUCCCUUCCUUACACAAUGCACCAAGCUCAUUCCUGCUCAGAACCUUCGUCCUUUCUGUUCCCUGUGCCUGGAAGGCUUUUCCCAGGCAUAAACCUGGCUGGCUCCCCUUUUUCUCCCUAGGUCACACCCUGUCAUUGUUUUGUAUGUUAGUUUAUCGUCCGCCUCCCCCAGUUAGAAGGGAGACUCUCUAAGAGUGUGGAUCCCACAUCCCUCCUCUCUGCUGUAUCCCCUGUUCCAAGAAUAGGGGGUUAUCCAAUAAAUAUCUGUCACAUUGGGGGGUGAGUGGCUGCUAUAGGCGUUGUUGACAUUUCACCCGUAUUCCCCUCACUGUUCUGAGCCCGUGGGCAAUAUCCUUCCACACGCACCCUCGAUUGGACGAUAAAUACCCUAGUUCCCUCAUCCCUUGGGCAGGAUAAUUCUGUCUCCCCAAAUUCCAGAAUCCCCCUGCAGGACCGAGCUCAAGGCUAUCCUUUGUUCACGUGCUUCCCUUCCCCAUCUCACACACUCGUGGUCCCACUUGAGAUCACCACCCAAAUAAACCACUCACACUCAAAUCCUUAUCUCCAAGUCUGCCUCGGGGCAGGGCGGGGUGUGUGAGGGGCCCUCCUCUGAAAACAGAGGGUUUUAGGAAACAACACACUCAUCUUGGGAUUCUAAAAUGUGAUCCUUCACUAGCCAGCCCCCUUUGCAGGGUGCUGGUAACCGCUGGAGUGUUGUGGCAACACCACUACUAAAUUCUCAUCCGGGUGAAUCAGGAUGGGGCACAUGUGGAAGAAGGAGCACUGGCUUAUGCAACUGCUCCAGUGCUGGAGAGAGAAGA